ACGAAUCCUACAUUCACACCAUGUUCUUCACUCCAUCUUUCUAACUCGUUCUUCAAACCCUAGAAUUUGAAUCUCUCUCUCUCUCUCUCUCUCUCUCUCUGUAGGUCAAAAUUGAGGGAAUGGACAGAGGUAUGAUAUCGGUGGAACGGUGGUCCGAAGGCAGACAAGUGUAUUUCCUCACACACCUCCACGCCGAUCACACCAAUGGCUUGUCUUCAACCUGGAAACGAGGCCCUCUCUGUUGCUCUCGCAUCACCGCCAAACUCUUCGCCUCCAAGUUCCCCGGUUUCAAGCUCUCUCUGCUUCGAAUUUUAGAUAUCGGUCAAUGGAAUUCAAUCCCUUUGGUCUCUCCAACCACUGAAUCGAACACUACCGUCAAUGUCAUCGCCAUCGAUGCUGAUCACUGUCCGGGCGCAGUCAUGUACUUGUUUCGCGGUGAGUUUGGGUGCAUGCUUUAUACAGGGGAUUUUCACUGGGAAACAACUGGUAAGAGGGCAGAGAUUGGAAAGAGCAUGCUUCUUAGUGCUCUUGGGAAUGAUAAAGUUGACAUUCUUUACUUGGACAAUACUUACUGUAAUCCAUCAUAUUAUUUUCCUUCUCGAGAAGUUGCUGCUCAACAGGUUGUUGAUGUGAUUACCUCUCAUCCUGAACAUGACAUCAUUAUUGGUAUAGACUCUUUGGGAAAAGAAGAUCUUUUACUUCACAUUGCACAAGCACUGAAAAUAAAGAUUUGGGUCUGGCGAGAACGCCUGCAAAUUAUGGAUCUUCUUGGGUUCCACGACAUCUUCACAACUAAAGUUUCUGUAACUAGAGUGCGAGCUGUCCCUCGCUACAGUUUUAGUAUCGACACAUUGGAGGGGUUAAAUAUCAUGCGUCCAACCAUAGGGAUUAUGCCAUCUGGUCUUCCAUGGAAACCCCUUGAAGGGAACACCAAUGUUUUUGGUUCGUCUUCUCACCAUAGCAGAAGCAAAUUGAGUACAAAAGUUGGGAGCCACACGGAUAUGCAUAAACCUAAUGAUAAUUCAAGAGCUAUGGAAAGUUAUCAUGAAUACAUAUAUACAGUUCCAUAUUCUGAUCAUUCAUGCUUUGCUGAGAUAAAGGAGUUUAUUAAGCUUGUCCAGCCAACCAACUUGAAAGAUAUUGUGUCUUCCUCAAGUUCUUACGUUGAUCCUCUUUACUAUUUUGGCCACCUUUCGGGAGCAAAUCUACAGUCACAAGGUUUACGUCAGAAUUUUGUGAGAAAAGGCUGUGAAAGAGUUAAAGAUGUCCUUAACAAAUCUACUCUUUGAAGUGAUAAUUCUACUGAAGCUGGAAUAAAAAGAAGAAACAAGAAAAAUGAUUUCUUAGGUGUUCGUGUGAGUAGAGUUAGUAUAUUGAGACGAUUAAGGCAUGGUGCAAAAAUAUUGGAACUUGACUGACUUGAAUAGUUAAGAGUUGCAUUUUGGCAGUAUGUUACACUAAAACUAAAUGGCUAAUGUUGAGUAUGCUGCUUCAUCCGAGAAUACCCGUAUAAAAUUCAGAAAUUCAGUGAAAUUACAGGAAGAGUUAUGAACUGCGCACAGAUUGAUACUACGGACUAUCAGAAUGGAUAUGAAUCUUGAGGUUUAUAAUUGGACCUUGUUAUGUCUUACUUUUCUUACAUUUUGGGCUCAAAAGGUUUGCAUUAACCAUCUCACUGUUUAUGUAUGUCAUGUCAUGGUAUUACAAUUCAAGUAUAGGAUCAUUUGAAAUUUCUUCUUGAGUUUUACACUAUCAUCACCUAGUUGCAUUGUUGAUGGUGACAAAUACACUUUUUACAUGACUUUUAUUGCAACUCCGUGUACAAAAGGAUGGUGAUGAGUGACCAUGAGAUAGCAAGAAGCUUAUUCUUCUUGAUUUCAGUUAUUGAAGGUAAUGUAACUUAUAUGAUGCUGUUGUCCCUUUCUCUAAUUACAUCAAUGAUUAAAUCACGAGCAUCUUGGUUAAGUUUGCGAAUACUUAUACCCUCUUCUCUCUAGGUGGUACACAGUCUAACAAUCUACCAAAUGAUAACUAAAUUCCUCUUCUAUACCUCCUUCAAGGAAGUCAUGUUGCUAUUUCUCCAACCUUUUCACAACUAAAGCUAAGAUAGUGAAUAAGGACAUAAAAUACAUGGGAAGACUGGACAAGAUGCUUUGAUUCAAUGUCAAUCUAUCACGUUUAGAUAGACAGAUAUAGGCUCUUCUAAUGGCUCCAAAAUCUCUAAACCAUAGAAUCCCACACUGAUUUUGCUUUGAAAGGGGCUCCUGAAGGAAGUCUUAUCAAUGCUCACUUUACAACCUAGGAUGUUAGCCAAGGUUGCAACAUGAGGCACCUUCCUGACCAGAAUAAGGUUGUAUUUCCCUAAAUUCACUUUCAAACUUAAAAUGACCUGAAAGCACAGAAGCACACAUUGCUUGGAGUUACCUUAUUUGUGCUGGUUAUAAGGCUUCAAUGUCCCUCUCUUAAUACUUAGAUUUUAGGAAGUGUGGGCUGUGCUUUUUAAUUUGAUAUCAAAGCUUAUUUGGGCUUGUCAGUGGUGUGCCAUUGGUCUGACUAUUGUAUGUUGUGGUCCAGGAAGAUGUGUUGGAAUGUGUCCCACAUCGCCUGGAGUUGCCCCAUCUGUGCUGGUUAUAAGGCUUCAAUUUUUCUCUCCUUAAUACUUGAGUUUUAAGAAGUGUGGGUUGGGCUUUUAAUUUAGUAUUAAAGCUUGGUUGGGCCAGUGAUUGGUAUGUCGUUUGUCCGGCUAUUGUAUGUUGUGGUCCAUAACGGUGUUGGAAUGUGUCCCACAUUGCCUGGAAUUGCCUCAUCUGUGCUGGUUAUAAGCUCCAGUUUCCUUCUCUUUAAUACUUGGGUUUUAAUAAUAAGUGUGGGUUGGACUUUUCAAUUUGAUAUUAGAGCCUUAUAACCAGUUACUGGCCCAACCAAGUUUUGAUACCAAAUUGAAAAGUCUAUCCCACACUUCUUCUUAAAAUCUAAGUAUUAAGGAGAAGGAAAUUGGAGUCUUAUAAUCAGCACAGAUGGAGCAAC